AAAAAAAGACAAAAGUAACUAUUGCUUUUGUCUUAUAAUAAAAGCUGAUGACAUAUAUAGAUAUUCUUGAUAAAUGUUUUAUAUUUAACUGCUUAUAAGGAAGAGUCCCAGUGUACAACAGCAUGAGGCCUAUAUAAUGUGAGAAAAUACAGCUCUGAUAAGGGGUUCAAAGGGCAAUCAUAAACCCUGUGUUUACACAUGACUCUACCAUGUAACACUGCAGUGACAACAAAUUUAAUAUUGCACAACUGAACAUUAACGUGUAGUUUUUAAAACCCUUCAGGAUGGUUAGAUGUUAGAAGAAAUUAAAAUAUUACAUUUAAGUUAUAGUGAUAACGAGCGAUAGGGCCCUACAUUCAUUAAUGAAAACUGGGCGGUGACCACGUAGUGAAUAAGGGAGCAGGCUUUCAAAAGAAGCCUUGGUUUAAAAAAAAAAAGUUUGAUUGAUGUGGGAUUCACACUUGUUAGUUAUUUGGCUUACUUUACAACUGAAUUCAAUAAAAGUCAGCAAUAGUGGGUCAGGCUUGUGUAUUUCAGUCACCUCCAGCAUCUGAAAAAGAAGGAAGGACUAAACAAGGAACAUUGUAUAGUAUAAGAAAAUCACUGAAGUGUAUUACGUAUUUCCCAGUUUUACAUGAGUAAAUGGUAUCUAUGAUAUUAAAUUAGCUCAACUAAAGCAGAGCAUUUGGAACUUAUUUCUAUUCUGUCACUACUGGAGUUGACUGUUAUUUAUAUUAGUGCCACAGAGUCAAUGGUAUGAAUGAAAUGAUUUAUUUGACAGUGAUAAGUUAGUGUCAUCACUAAAUCAGGAAGCAAAAAGCAAGACACAUGCUAGCAGAUUGAUCUAACAGUGACCCAUGAUGCAAGUCACUUCAUGUUUUUAUGCCUCUUCUUUAAGCCAUGUAGAGUAGUUAUUGGUUUUCAGCACGGAAGAUUUGCAUACUCUCUCUUCCUGGCUUUCAAGGGUCAUAAAAGAUAAGAGGUUCUCGAAAAGCCAUGACAGGCAGACAUUCGCAGGUCUGACACAGUCAAACAAAGUUUUACUGAAUGAAAAAAAAGGUGGCAUUUUCUUCUCAGAGAAACUUUAAUCAUGCCAUACAGCGAAGAUACGAUUAAGAAAAUGCUUCCUAAGAUAUAUCUUCGGAAGUGUGUGGCUCAUGAAAUAAACGUGACAUUAACUUACUUCAGAAACCUUGUGCCCGUAAUGGAUAAAUAUGUUUACAAUGAUGGAACUACAAAGAACUUGAUGAGCUUAACCGGAACCAUUCCUGCCACGAUUAACAAUAUAACAUAUAACAUUCCCAUUUGCCUGUGGAUUGAGGAAACCUACCCCCAAACUGCUCCCAUCUGCUAUAUCAGACCCACACAACAGAUGAUGAUCCUCAGCGGAAAGUAUAUCUCCAGCAAUGGUGAAGUCAUGCUGCCUUACCUGCGAGAGUGGAAGAAUGGGGAGUGUGACCUAAUGAGCCUUGUUCAGGUGAUGGUUGCCGUGUUUGGAGAAUUUCCUCCUGUGUGUAUGAAGCCUUCUCCAGAGCCUGAGCAAGCCUCUUGUUGGCUGCAGUUCCACAAACAACCAGAAGUAUUUACAGACACAGAUGGAAAUUUAUAUCUGUCUUUAACAAGAGAAGACGGGCAACCUUUUCAGCAAGAAAAUGAAACUAAUUGUUAGUAUUUUGUGCAAUUUGGCAACAGUUUGUGAGAGAAACGUUUUUGUCAGUUUUUUUCCCCCAUAUUGUGGAUAUGGUAUCUAUUGACUGUGUGUUAAAUAGUGAAGUCUUCAGAUAUGAAAAAGCAUGCUGUAUUUUUAUAUUUCAAAUGAUUUUCAUCACAAAUUAGCACCCUUUCAUUUGAUUUUGUGUGGUAGCAAUAAACAUUUUAACCACCUUCAUUGCUUUACAAGUGCCUCAUAAAGAUGUUGCUCAACUGCAUCAAUAUUUUCUGGGCUGUUUGGACUUUAGAUGGGUGUGGUCCUCUGUCAUUUUAUAAAAGCCUGUCUUAUUUUAUAAACUGAUAUAAAAUAGAAAAAAACUACCUCUGUCAAUAGAAUAUAGGUAUAAGCUUUUUUCAUCAGUGUAAACACAUACCCGGAAGACUCUGACUGAAAUAUAAUCUUUUGUAAAAUCUGACUGAUUUAUUCUGUUAUUGAAAAUAAAUAGCUAUGUUAAA